AUGCUAGGCAGCACCUCCGGGUACCUCGGCAGCGAGCGAGUUGAUCCCAGCCGUCGUGAGAGCACCUGGUCGCUGGACCAGAUGGUAGGCGAAGGCUCCACCCAUGGAUUCAGGCUUAUCAGGGUCGACCCCAGUAAUCCGUGCGUAUCAUAUCGCCCCAUGCCCCUUGUUAAUGACGACGACCUCGUGUAUGGGGUUGUCGUUCCUCCUCCAAAGGGCGCUGAUGGAAAGGUGGACCCCUCCUUCAUGGAGGCUGCGGGGCUGGCUGCAAAGCAGCUUGAUGAAGUUAGGCCUGACCUCUUUAAAUCAGGUAGGAAAAACCUCACGGAUGAGGAUCAUCGCCGUGGUCAAUUUCCUGUGAAGGCUGUAGGCAUCUCUUUUGGAGGCGGUCAAGAGCGUCCCAAGCGAAUAUAUCAUGCGGCACCUGUUUUGAAUACCAUUAACACCCUCCUCGGUGCUCUAUGCUUCAUCAGGCUUGCCCAGCAUGCGUCUAGUGCAUUCAGGAGCUGGGCCCCCUGUCUUUACGAAUAUUAUGCCCAGGCGAUGAGGACUUUGAAGGAGAGGGACCCCUCUCUCCAGUUCAAUUUUUUUGGUAGCAUCUGGGCCUGCUGUACCUUCAACUUUGGCCCUCGUACCGUCACUGUUGAGCACCUAGAUCACCUGAACUACCUGUUUGGAUGGUGUGGUAUAACUGCUCUGGGAGAAUUCGACUACUCUAAAGGGGGGCAUUUAAUCCUCUGGGACCUGCAGGCCGUAAUUGAAUUUCCCCCCGGUUGGACUAUUUUAAUUCCAUCUGCAUAUCUUCGCCACUCCAACACAGACAUCGGGGAUGGUGAAACUCGGUUUUCAUUUACUCAAUAUACUGCUGGAGGACUAUUCCGCUAUCUAGACGAUGAUGGACAUGUUCGCAGAAAGAUGUCACCCAAAGAGAAGAAGGAAGCUGAAGCCAGGCAGAAAAGUCGUAUAUCUACGGGCCUAAAUUUAUAUUCUACCCUACAGCAGCUCAGAAGCUCGAGUAUAUAA